UUUCUCACUCUCUCACAAGGUGGAGGAGGAGAAGAAACGCGUAUAAAUGCACCGACACUCAAAGUCACUCUCCAAAUAACAAGAAAGAAAGAGGAAAGGAGAGCCAAAAUGGGAUCUCUUCCACCCCUGCAAUUCAUCCCAAAUCCCGAUCCCAAUUGCAAAGAUCAUCAACAAGAAUUGAUAAACCCUGAUAACUUACUCAAUCUCUUCAAAACCCAGCAAAAAUACCUCAACCAUUUCUUCCAAAACCUUGAUCUUUCUCAGACCCUUUUGUUCACUCAAACGCUCCUCAAUUCCACCGGCACCAUUUUCUUCACCGGCGUCGGGAAGUCUGGAUUCGUAGCUCAGAAGAUCUCGCAGACCCUCGUUUCGCUCGGGAUCAAGUCCGGGUUUUUAUCCCCUGUGGAUGCGCUUCAUGGGGACAUCGGCAUUUUGUCUUCGGCUGAUGUUCUGGUUAUGUUUAGCAAGAGCGGGAAUACGGAGGAGUUGGUCAGGCUGGCGCCUUGCGCCAAGGCUAAAGGAGCGUAUUUGAUCUCGAUUACGUCUCUGGAGCCCAAUGCCUUGAUGGAUUUGUGUGAUAUGAAUGUGAAUUUGCCACUGGAGAGAGAAUUGUGCCCGUUUGAUUUGGCCCCUGUGACGUCGACCGCGAUUCAGAUGGUUUUUGGGGAUACGGUGUCUAUUGCUCUGAUGGGUGCCAGGAAUUUUAACAAAGAAAUGUACGCUGCCAAUCAUCCAGCUGGAAGAAUUGGGAAAAGCUUGAUCUUUAAGGUAAAGGAUCUCAUGAAGAAGAAGGAAGAACUUCCAGUUUGCAGGGAGGGGGAUCUGAUUAUGGAUCAACUAGUAGAGCUAACCAGCAAAGGAUGUGGAUGCCUUCUCGUUGUUGAUAAUGAUUACCAUUUGUUAGGUACUUUUACUGAUGGUGAUCUACGGCGCACAUUGAAAGCUAGUGGUGAAGGAAUCUUUAAGCUCACCGUGGGUGAAAUGUGUAACAGGCGCCCAAGAACAAUUGAUCCCGAUGCAAUGGCAGUUGAAGCGAUGAAGAAGAUGGAAUCUCCACCAUCUGCAGUACAAUUCUUGCCUGUAGUCAAUCAUGACAAUAUCUUGAUCGGUAUUGUCACCUUGCACGGAUUGGUUUCAGCUGGGUUAUGAUUGGUUGCUUCACUUGUCCUCCUUCUCCUCCCCUCCCAUUUGUUGUGCAAUUUAUAGCAUCGUCAUUCUUUGUAUUCUUUUCCAUUCCUCCGGGUGAGGUCAUGUAUGAUGAAUCUGUCUGUCUAUUAGUUAAUACUCUCUCAAUGCCAUUGAUGGAUAUCAAAAUGUCCAGUCUUGUAGCAAAUGAAGGCUGUGGAUGUUAGUCUAGUUACCAGUUUCCAUAGCUGAAUAGUGUUGUAACAAGUGAAGAAUAUUGAAGUUCAUGAUUCUAAAUUUCCAGCAAACUGGACUUCCUCUUU